AUGGAUUAUUUUCAUUCAAACAAUUUAGUCAGUGAAUCAAAGAAUUAUGUACCAAGAUCCUCUUCACCAUGUUCUUCAAUUAAAGCUUCUAAUGUACAAAGAUCACAGUUCACGUAUUCUGAUUCAUGUGAUUUAAGUUUAUCAUCAGAAAUCAAAGCAGAAUCACAAGAUCAAAUCAAACAUAUGAGUCCCAUUCAACAAAACACAUUUACUCAUAUACAACCAAAUUCUUUAAAUUCAUGUGACAUUGAAGCUGAUAAACAGUUUCAUCCAUAUUAUUCUGGAAAUUCAUUAUUUGAUGGCAAAUCAAAUCUUUUCAAUCGUAAUGAACAGUCAAAACAUUUAAACUCUUUUAUGAUUUAUCCGAAAUCUAAAUCAAGAAAUAAAAUAAUUUUAAGAAAUUAUCUAAAUUUAUUGGAUGGAUUAUAUCGUCAUGUAAAUCAUUCACAGGGACCAAACUAUUCUAGUGAUCGUUUUAAUGAAGAAUACAACAGUGAUAUAUUUGGUCCACGUGUAUGGCUAAGUUGGAAAAAUUGGGUAGACAAAUAA